UCAAAGAGUCUUCACCUGGAGCUCUGUGAAGCCUCUUCUGCUUACAAUUCUUAUUAGGUGAAAACAAUGUUUUCCACUGAAGUCCUUAGAAAUGUUCUCUAUCAGGUCUAAGUCUCCCUCAUAAUCCAACCAAACUGUUGUUAUUGAAAUCAUCUCUGGCUUAUUUGCAGCCACAGAUCUUAAAGACGGGCUGAUAUAAUUUCCACAUGGGAGCUUAUGGGAUACCACUAGCAUUUGUCUAUCCACAAUCAGCAACAGCAUGCACUGCAGGCUUUGUAUUUUGCUCUUCUGCUCAACUACAGCUUUAUAGCUUUGUUUCCUGCACUUGCAAGUGCCCCUCUGGGGGAAUACGGUUUAAAAAGACAUGUAAAAUGAUCACUACUAAUAGCUAAUAAGGAAUCAGAAAAGAGACAGUUGCAGUGAAGUGGUACCAACAAACAUACUUUCUCUAAGAGGUCUAGGUCUGGCCUUAAUUAGAUGGAACAGCAAGAGGGCAUUCAGCCAUCUACGUCAAUUAAAAGCCUUUAUUCAUAAAGAAAAUACAAAACUGGCUUUGAUCGAGAAAACUAAGAGAAGUUCACCUUGUUCCUUGCGCUUCCAGUUUUUAGCCAUGGAAAAAGAAUCUCCCACCAAAUCUCACCAACUACUGAGAAAAUCCUUUCUUCAAAUGAAGCUUCCCUGAAACAAGUGGCAUUUUCCAUCAAAGAGGGGGCUUUUUGUUCCUGUUUUUCAUUGCUUUGGCCUAUUUAUAGCCUAUGUUCCUCUAUUGAAAUUGGGCGCAUUUUUGAGUUCUGGGGCUAAUAGCACUGUAUAUGCUGAGUCAGUGCUGCUGGCUGGCACAUCCUUCUAUCACCAAGGCAAUACCACCCCAUGUUACAAGAACCAACCACUCUGGAAAUAGCCGCCUUGUGACUCACUCAGUUACAAGAACAUCCUUGACGAUGCCAGCUCUGAUAGAAGGUUACUGAAGAAUGCCCCAGAGCAGCAGCAACACAGUUGGCAGCCUCCAAUUCUCACAGUGCCACUUAGAAAAACCCCAGCUCCUGCUGAAGCUGAACAGCAAAGGCUGUUGGAAGAUGUUCUUCCCAGUUGCCAUCCACUCCCUAAAGACUUAAGGAUGAGAUGAAGCUGCAAACUGCAGCAGCACAUCCCCACAAGAUCCUCCAGGGAUGAAAGAUGCUUUUAAAAUCCAGAGACAUCAAAUGCUCAUCUCCAGUAACACUGGACUCUGCUUGCAUAGGGUUGCUAUGAUGCUGGUGAUGCAUCAGUUUGGCUUACAGCCCUAUUUCAUUAGGGGAAGAGACUUCUCUCAGGGAAGAAAACAAGAGCAGGAGAGCUGGAAUCAGUCAGGCAGCUGUAAAGAAGGAAAAAAAGCCACAGUUUCAAUGAGAGGACUGCUUUCCUUGUGAGGAACAGCAGGAGCUCUGAGCGCUACUUCACUCCCUGCAUCCCUCUCUACGAAGCCCAGCUGGAGAAGCAGCAGAGCACUCUGUAAGUGACACCAAUCUAAUUAAUUAAUGACUCUCAGCAUCGACUCUGUGGCUGCUGGGUUAGCAGGAAGGCAGUAACGAAGGGCCAGGACAGCACGCAACGUCUACUGCUAACUGCUGCAUGCUGCUGACAGCCAGCUCAGUCAUUCAUCACCUCUCCUGCUUUGGGCUACAGCACAGAACAAGUCAGAUUAUUCCGGGUAGAGAAGAUGGCGUGGGAUCCACCCUUGCAGCAUCCUCUCUUCUGGAUGAGGACUUCCCCCCUCUUCUUGUCGUGCUCCAGAGCGGCCGUGGCACAGUUAAUUGAGGCCACCACAGAACCCCCAAAAAAGAAACCGGAUCCUGUCACUUCUGAGACGGUGGUGAUCUGGGGGCUGCGCCUCUGGCAGGUGAUUGGUAUCUUUGCCAUCUUUGUCCUGGCAGUCAUUAUUACCCUGUGCUGUAUCUUCAAGUGCCGGAUUCCCCGGACAAGGAAAGAGAUUGAGGCACGAUAUGCUCAACGGCAAGCAGCCAAGACAUACGCAGACAAACUGGAUACUGUGCCACCACUCAAUGAGCUGACAGAGAUCCCUGGAGCUCAGGUAACAGAAGAGAAAAAGGAAGAAGAAGUUCCCACUGUCUCUGGAAAAGUAGACAAGGCCCAGGGGAAGAAAGAUGCAUCAAAAGACUCUAAGAAGAAGGAUAGUGAGAAGGACCAGAAAGAUGGAUCCAAAAAAGAAGGGAAGGAUGCCAAGAAAAAAGAUGGAGAAAAAGGAGAAAAGGGAGAAAAAGGAGAAAAAGGAGAAAAGGGAGAAAAGGGAGAAAAAGGCAGUAAUGACAAGAAACAAGGUGGUGGAAAGAAAGGUGAAAAAGAAGGUGAAGCAGCAAAAUCAGGAGGAAGCUCCAAAGCUAAUGGCAAAGCUGCUGGGAAUGCCAAAGCUCCAGCAAAGAAGAAGUGACCCUGCUGAAAGACUGCUGGCAGUAUUUUGGGCAGGGCAGUGUGGAUGGAGCACUGGGAGCAGACAGCACCUGCUGUCUCCAGGUACUCAGGCUGUUGAGUGCCAGUAGAUAUACAGAUUGAUUCUAUUUUGAAGACCAUGUCACUACUCUUUUUGUCCAGCAAAGGAAAAUCUGACCUUUUUUAUUUUUUAUUUUUGCUGGGCAGUGGCCUGCAAAAAUAUGCACUAUGUGAUAAUAGCUGGGACUAAACUACAGCCUGAAGUGAGAACCUGGUGUGUGGAUAAGCAUGGAAGCAGACAGUGAUGUGCAUUCCUUAAAUUGAUGGGAGGACAUUGGGAGUUUGUUAAAAUUUACUCUUCAUGAAGACUUAGAGGCUUUUGAUGAACAUACGCUCACCUCCUCCUACAUGAAGUUUGCACAUUUUAGGCAUUAAUUAAAUUCUCAGUGCUAAAACCCAAAGAAUGGAGUUUUUUGAGUCAUAGCUCAUGUGGUUCCUGAGAGUUGGCUUGGACACAUGGGAGAAAGCUUUCCUUCCUUCUCUGAUGCCUCUUUCUCUGAACUGCUGAAGAAUGUACUUCCUUAGACACAAAGCUGCCUAUUUCCCAGGAGACGUAUCCACCUUCUUCUCUUUUCUCAUGCAAGGCACAUCAAUCAAGCUGCAAGAAGAUGUGCAAGGAAUAAAAAGGCAGAUUGCAUCAGUGAUGUGUGAACUGGAGCUGCCCCCUAUUUGUUAUCUCUUCCCAGGAGGCUGCAGAUGUCGAGAGCCCUCUGAGAUGAUAGAGGAGAUAUGAAAGCCCAGCAUGUUGCAGCAGAACUCAGGAUCUCCAGGGUGUAUUCAUGUCUUCUCUCUUCCUAUGUAUAUUUGAAGCCAGGGAUUUUGCUACACUUCCACAUUUCUCUCACCUCCUGCGGAAUUUUCUGAAGUUCUUGUAACAGCAGUGGAUUUUCUCUUUUGUUUUGUAAAUAUCUCAACUAUUUAUGCCUCAAGAUUAGCAGCCAUGAUAGCAUGGAGUAUUCAGGUUCAACAGUACAAACUAUUCACACUAAUGAGAGUUUGCAAGCUAUCAUGAUGACUAAUUCUCUCCCCCCUUUCUGCCGGGCACACUGUGAGUAUAUAGACCAGUGUAAUUUUUUCUGCCAUUAGGGCAAGGAGGGAGCCAAAUGAGUCUCUAUGAUCCCUGUGGUUCCCUUUCAACUUGGAAUAUUCUAGGAUUCUAUGAUCUCCAGUAGGUUAUAAAUCUCAAGCCCCGCUGAGUGAGAUUUAUAUGAAUCCAUCCAUUUUCUAUCUGUAAUGUGGUGUCAGCACACAGAAAACUGAUAUAUCCCUGCAAAGACAUUUCUCACUUGUCCCAUCGCACCUUUCUCUUUUCUCCCUUUCAACCCAUCCCAUUCUUAAUGCAAGGGUUACUAUUUUCUGCUGUAUUAAUGAGGUAAUCAGCUCAUGAAAGGCCUCAAAACCACUACAGCUUGUGAAGGGAUUCUGUAGGAUUUCUAGACUCAUUGAACAUCCCAAUGGGAUGGGACUCAUAAGGAUCAUCAAGUCCAACUCAUAAGCUUGAGUAACAAGGAUGGGAAAGAUGUUCAGAGCCACAUAACUAUUUGGUAGUAGACUGAAUGCUGACAAUUCACUGGCUCCAGGCAUAAUCUGGCAUUCUAUACAGAAAGCAGUUCUGACCCUAUGUGCAAACAGGUGUUUGGAGCCCUAAAUCUCCAUCCACUGCCACGUAACUCAUGAUGAGCAUAAAUAGAAUCAGAGAAUUAUAGAAUCACUGAGAUCAAGUCCAACCCCAACCCACCCCUACCAUACCCACUGACCACAUCUCCACUGUUCUGAGACACCUCCAGAGAUGAUAACUCCACCUCCUCCUUGGGCAGCUGUGCCACUGCAUCUCUGCAGUUUAAGACAAGAUAGAUAUUAUUUCUAAUAUCCCAUUUGAAGUUCCCCCAGCGCAACUUAAAACCAUUACCUCUUGUCACUGUUACCUUGUAGAAAGGGCUGACCCCACCUCUCUACACCCUCCUUUCAGGUCACUGUAGGAAAUAUAAGGUCUCCCCCGAGCCUUCUCUUCUCCAGAUGGAACAAUCCUAGUUCCCUCAGCUGCUCCCCAUAAGAUUUGUAUUCCAGACCCUUCAUGAGUAGAAAGCCAGACACAAGUGGCAGAACGGCUCCUUCCUUAGCCUGAGAGGUCUCUGUUGCACAGGCUUAUGGCAGAGGACAAUUACCAAGCUGUGAGUAGGAUCAGGAAAAAGGACUUUUCUCCUCCAUUGGAGCAAAUGGGAAUAUAAGAGUCAUAAGGACAGUUGGGGAGGAAGCAGUUAGGGAGAAUAAUUAAAUAAUUAAAAAAAAGAAAUACCUGCUUUCAGGCAGUUCUCAUUGCCUGAGUCCCUGGGAACUGCACAGCUGAUCUUACUGCACCUGAGCUUACUGUGUAUUUUGGGUUCUGAGUGGAUGCCUGUAUCUUACAGGCUCCAGUUCACAGGUACAAGCCUGUGUAGAAUGGGAUCCAGCUGUGAUCAGGGCAAGCAGACCCACUUCCCUGACCUGUAGUUUUAAGAAGGACCAGCUCAGGCUCACCUGAAUGGGUACAUCGCCUUGUCUCCUAUUUGCCACUUACAGUGUGUGAGUAGAAUGAAGAGAAUGCAUUACAGCGAGUUGCAUCAGGAAAACAUCUCACCUAACAAAGCCUGUCAUAAUACAUGAAAUAACCAUGGAAGGAACUAAAUGUAUUAGUAUGGCCCAAAAAUGAUGUGUGUUUUCUCCAAGCUUGUAUUACAGUGGUGAGUAUAUUACUGAGAUGAGAAUUAGUGAGAUGUGUAUUGAACAUCUCAGUGAGUGUAAAGUAACAUUGCUGGAGUGGAGAACGUUGGCCAGAAUGAAUGAGAUGAGAACUACUUUUCACACCACCAGAUGGAGAAAUUGCAUUGGAAAAAAUUACAUUCACAGCUUCUGAAGCUUUGCAAAAUGAUUAAUUAAUGACACAAUUGGAGAUAUGCUAAUUUAUCCGGAAAUAUAAGUGUGACAGCAAAUCCAAAAGCAGGGUUUACGACUCAAGGCUCAGGCACUCAGGUAUUAAUGAUCAUAUCUCUGCUUUUAGUAUGUGGUGUGUGCAUGACGUGGGUGGUAAGAAGGAUGCUGAGGGAGGACUUGCAGGAUCUCCUGCUCUCCACUAGAGGGGACUUUGUUCUUCCUUUGCAAUAUCUGAGACAACUUUAAAAGCAGGUUGUGCUGGAUGGAUUUUGUUUUAUUUGUGAUGUUAAACCGAGCCUGGCUUUAGUUACAUCUCUUCCUUGACCUAAAGAAGACUUUCACAGCAUCACUUUAGCUACCUGAGCCAUCUUCCUUUUCCAGUAUUAUCCUUCCUUUUGUUAACAGAUGUGACAGUUGGCUUAAAAUCCCAUCAACGAUAUAAAAGUAAUCAGGAAUGCAGUUAUUGCCUUCAGGGGGUGAAGGUUGAACUGAUCUAUCCCCGGAAGGCUGCAGUAAGGAUCAUGAGUCUGGAUGAGCAGGUCAAUAGGAGGGUCUGGGAAGCUGGAGUUUUGAAUUUCAUCCUGGUUUAUUUUGGAAAAAAAAAAAUAAAAAA